AGCACUCGACUUCUUCCUCUGGUGAAGUGGGUUUACUUGAACUUGAAGGAAAGAAAAAAAUGUCUCCACUUCUGAGAAGCAUCUGUGACAUCACUGAAAUUUUCAAUCAAUAUGUCUCUCAUGAUUGUGAUGGAGCAGCAUUAACUAAGAAAGACCUGAAGAACCUCCUUGAAAGGGAAUUUGGAGCUGUGCUUCGGAGACCACAUGACCCCAAGACGGUAGAUCUGAUCCUGGAACUUCUGGACCGUGACUGUAAUGGGCGUGUCGAUUUCAACGAAUUCCUCCUAUUUAUUUUCAAAGUGGCUCAAGCUUGUUACUAUGCUCUCGGCCAGGCCACGGGGCUGGAUGAGGAGAAGCGAGCCCGGUGUGACGGAAAGGAAAGCCUGUUACAAGAUCGCAGGCAAGAAGAAGACCAAAGGAGAUUCGAGCCCCGGGACAGACAACUGGAAGAAGAACCUGGGCAACGACGCAGGCAGAAGAGGCAGGAACAGGAGAGGGAGAUCGCUGAGGGAGAGGAGCAAAGUGAGAAACAAGAGCGACUUGAGCACCGCGACAGGCAGCGCCGCGACGAGGAGCUGUGGCGACAAAGGCGAGAAUGGCAAGAACAGGAAGAGCGCCGUGCAGAGGAAGAGCAGCUGCAGAGGUGCACAGGUCACGAAACUGAGGAGUUUCCAGACGAAGAGCAACAGCGAAGGCGGGAGCUGCAGGAGCUGAGGAGGGAGUGCCGCGAGGAGGAGCAGCAGCAAAUGCGAGAGCGGCAAGAGAGAGUGCUCCAGGAGGAAGAAGAGAAAGAGUGGAGGAAGUGCGACAGAGUGCUCCGGAAGGAUGAAGAGAAGCUGCAGGUAGAGGAGCCGCAACGGCAAAGAGAGCUCCAGGAGAAAAAAGAGCAGCUACAGAAGCUGGACCGUCAAGAGCUGAAGAGGGAGCGCCAGGAGGAAGAGCAGCAGCAGCAAAGGCUGAGGCGCGAGCAGCAGCUAAGGCGCGAGCAGGAGGAGAGGCGCGAGCAGCAGCUGAGGCGCGAACAGGAGGAGGAGAGGCUGGAGCAGCAGCUGAGGCGCGAGCAGGAGGAGGAGAGGCACGAGCAGGAGAGGCGUGAGCAGCGGCUGAAGCGGGAGCAGGAGGAGAGACGCGAUUGGCUGAAGCGCGAGGAGGAGGAGAGGCACCAGCAGCAGGAGAGGCGCGAGCAAGAGGAGAGGCGCAAGCAGCAGCUGAAGCGCGAGCAGGAGGAAAGGCGCGAACUUUGGCUGAAGCUCGAGGAGGAGGAGAGGCGCGAGCAGCAGGAGAGGCGCGAGCAGCCACCAAGGCGGGAGCAGGAGAGGCGCGAGCAGCGGCUGAAGCGCCAGAAGGAGGAAGAGAGGCUCGAGCACCGGUUGAGGAGAGAGCAACAACUAAGACGCGAGCAGGAGGAGAGGCGCGAGCAGCUGCUGAAGCGCGAGGAGGAGGAGAGGCUCGAGCAGGAGGAGAGGCGCGAGCAGCGGCUGAAGCGCGAGCAGGAAGAGAGGCUCGAGCAGCGACUGAAGCGCGAGGAGGUGGAGAGACUCGAGCAGGAGGAGAGGCGCGAGCAGCGGCUGAAGCGCGAGGAGCGGGAGAAAGAGAGGCGCCAGCAGCUGCUGAAGCGCGAGGAGCAGGAGGAGAGGCGCCAGCAGCAACUAAGGCGCGAGCAGCAGGAAAGGCGCGAGCAGCGGCUGAAGCGCGAGGAGGAGGAAGAGAGGCUGGAGCAGCGGCUGAAGCGCGAGCGUGAGGAAGAGAGGCUCGAGCAGCGGCUGAAGCGCGAGCAUGAAGAAGGGAAGCGCGAGCAGCGGCUGAGGCGCGAGCAGGUGCUGGCUGAGGAGGAGCAGGAACAGGCCUGGCAGCGGAUUAAAAGCCGCACCCCCAAGUGGCAGUGGCAGCUAGAAAGCGAGGCCGACGUACGGCAAAGCAAAGUCUACUCGAGGCCCCGCAAGCAGGAAGAGCAGAGGCGCCGCCAAGAGCAGGAGGAAAAGAGGCGGCGCCGGGAGCGUGAGCUGCAAUGGCAGGAGGAGGAACGGGCUCACCGGCAGCAGCAGGAAGAGGAGCAGCGCCGGGACUUCACAUGGCAGUGGCAGGCGGAGGAAGAGAGCGAGAGGGACCGUCAGAGGCUGUCGGCCAGGCCCCCAUUGCGGGAGCAGCGGGAGAGGCAGCUGAGGGUCGAGGAGCGCCAGCAGUGGGAACAACGGUUUCUCCAGGAGGAGGAGGAGAAGGAGCAGCGGCGCCGCCAGCGACGCGAGAGGGAGAAAGAGCUGCAGUUCCUGGAGGAAGAGGAGCAGCUCCAGCGGCGGGAGCGUGCCCAACAGCUCCAGGAGGAGGAGGACGGCCUCCAGGAGGAUCAGGAGAGGAGGCGAAGCCAGGAGCAGCGCCGCGACCAAAAAUGGAGGUGGCAACUAGAAGAAAGGAAGAGACGCCGCCACACGCUGUACGCCAAGCCAGCCCUAAGAGAGCAGCUGAGGAAGGAACAGCAGCUGCUGCAGGAGGGGGAGGAGGAGCUGCAGAGAGAGGAGCGAGAGAAGAGAAGGCGCCAGGAGCAGGAGAGACAAUAUCGCGAGGAAGAGCUGCUGCAGCAGGAGGAAGAGCAGCUGCUGAGAGAGGAACGGGAGAAAAGAAGACGCCAGGAGCGGGAAAGGCAAUAUCGGGAGGAUGAGGAGCUGCAGCAGGAGGAAGAGCAGCUGCUGGGAGAGGAACGGGAGAAGAGAAGGCGCCAGGAGCGGGAGAAAAAAUACCGCGAGGAAGAGAAGCUGCAGCAGGAGGAGGAGCAGCUGCUGAGAGAGGAACGGGAGAAGAGAAGACGCCAGGAGUGGGAGAGACAAUACCGCAAAGACGAGCUGCAGCAGGAAGAAGAGCAGCUGCUGAGAGAGGAACGGGAGAAAAGAAGACGCCAGGAGCGGGAGAGGCAAUAUCGGGAGGAAGAGGAGCUGCAGCAGGAGGAAGAGCAGCUGCUGGGAGAGGAACGCGAGAAGAGAAGGCGCCAGGAGCUGGAGAGGCAAUAUCGGAAGGAAGAGGAGCUGCAGCAGGAGGAAGAGCAGCUGCUGAGAGAGGAACCGGAGAAGAGAAGGCGCCAGGAGCUGGAGAGGCAAUAUCGGGAGGAAGAGGAGCUGCAGCAGGAGGAAGAACAGCUGCUGAGAGAGGAACCGGAGAACAGAAGGCGCCAGGAGCUGGAGAGGCAAUACCGCGAGGAAGAGGAGCUGCAGCAGGAGGAAGAGCAGCUGCUGAGAGAGGAACAGGAGAAAAGAAGGCGCCAGGAGCGGGAGAGGCAGUAUCGGGAGGAGGAAGAGCUUCAGGACCAGGAGAGGAAGCGGCGAUACCGGGAUGAGGAUCAGCGCAGUGAUCUGAAAUGGCAGUGGGAACCAGAAAAAGAAAAUGCAGUUCGUGAUAACAAGGUUUACUGCAAACGUAGAGAGAAUGAACAGUUCCAGCAGUUGGAAGAUUCCCAGGUGCGCGACAGACAAUCCCAGCAAGAUCUGCAGCACCUGCUGGAUGAACAGCAAGAGAGGAGUCGCUGGCAGCAGCGCGACAGGCAUUUCCCAGAGGAAGAACAGCUGGAGCGAGAAGAGCAAAAGGAAGCCAAAAGGCGCGACAGGAAGUCCCAAGAGGAAAAGCAGUUGCUGAGAGAGGAAAGAGAAGAGAAGAGACGCCGUCAAGAGACAGACAGAAAAUUCCGCGAGGAGGAACAGCUGCUCCAGGAAAGGGAGGAACAGCAGCUGCGCUGCCAAGAGCGUGACAGAAAAUUCUGCGAAGAGGAACUGCGCCCUCAGGAACAAGAGAGAAAAUUCCUCGAGGAGGAACAGCGGCUGCGCCGCCAGGAACAGCAGAGAAAAUUCAUUAAAGAGGAACAGCAGCUGCGCCGCCAGGAGCGCGAGCAACAGCUGCGUCAGGACCGCGACAGAAAAUUCCGCGAGGAGGAACAGCUGCGCCAGGAGAGGGAGGAACAGCAGCUGAGCCGCCAAGAACGUGACAGAAAAUUCCGUGAAGAGGAACAGCAGGUGCGCCGCCAGGAACGAGAGAGAAAAUUCCUGGAGGAAGAACAGCAGCUGCGCCGCCAGGAGCGCCAACAACAGCUGCGCCAGGAGCGCGACAGAAAAUUCCGCGAAGAGGAACAGCUGCUCCAGGAAAGGGAAGAACAGCAGCUGCACUGCCAAGAGCGUGACAGAAAAUUCCUGGAGGAGGAACAGCAGCUGCGCCGUCAGAAGCGCGAACAACAACUCCGCCACGACCGCGACAGAAAAUUCCACGAAGAGGAACAGCUGCUCCAGGAAAGGGAAGAACAACAGCUGCAACGGCAAGAGCAUCACAGAAAAUUCCUCGAGGAGGAACCGCAGCUGCGCCGUCAGGAGCGCGAACAACAGCUGCGCCACGACCACGACAGAAAAUUCCGCGAAGAGGAACAGCUACUCCAGGAAGGGGAGGAACAGCAGCUGCGCCGCCAAGAGCGUGACAGAAAAUUCCGCGAAGAGGAACAGCAGCUCCGCCGUCAGGAACGAGAGAGAAAAUUCUUCCAGGAGGAACAGCAGCUGCGCCGCCAGGAACUGGAGAGAAAAUUCCGGGAGGAGGAACAGCUGCGCCAAGAGACGGAGGAAGAGCAGCUGCGCAGCCAAGAACGCGACAGAAAAUUCCUAGAGGAAGAGCAGCUCCGUCAGGAAAGGGAAGAACAGCAGCUGCGCCGCCAGGAGCGCGACAGAAAAUUCCUAGAGGAAGAGCAGCUCCGCCAGGAGAGGGAGGAACAGCAGCUGCGCCGCCAAGAGCGUGACAGAAAAUUCCGCGAGGAGGAACAGCUCCGCCAGGAGAGGGAAGAACAGCAGCUGCGCCGCCAACAGCGUGACAGAAAGUAUCGCUGGAAAGAGCAGCUCCAGCUUGAGGAACAAGAAGAGCAGAGGCUGCGGCAGGAGCGAGACCGGCAGUACCGGGCGGAGGAGCAGUUUGCCACGCAGGAGAAGAGUCGUCGUCAGGAACAAGAACUAUGGCAAGAAGAAGAGCAGAAACGUCGCCAGGAAUGGGAAAGGAAAUUACGGGAAGAACACAUCCGCCGCCAGCAGGAGGAGGAACAGAGGCGCCGCCAAGUCGGGGAGAUACAAUCCCAAGAAGUGAAGGGCCAUGGGCGACUUCUGGAGCCCGGCACUCAUCAGUUUGCCAGCGUCCCAGUGCGCUCCAGCCCUCUCUAUGAGUACAUCCAAGAGCAGAGAUCUCAAUACCGCCCUUAGGAGAUGUUGCCAAUAUCCUGACACCUGCCAAAGCUUCGAGCACGGGAAAAUGAGAAACACUGGGUACCAAGUGAUAACUCAGAUGUUUCUGGUUGUGGGAAAACUCUGUGAUAUUAGAAUGUCUUUUCUUCCAAAAUCUUAAACUACGCUCAUUUUAUGUACUUUGUACUCCUGCUUUUUAUUCUUCCUCAAGUAGUUCUUUACUGCAAGAUGUCUUUCUUUUGCUCUUUGAUGCAGAUGUGGUGUGCAUUUAAAAAAAUAUAUAAAUCAUUUAAUUUGUUUAAGAAAUUUUGUUUGAGGAACAUUUUCAUUUAUUGCUUUCAGAAGAACAAGAAUAAUAGGAUGAUUUGAGAUUCUAAACAAUGGGUCUAUUUGUUUAAUGACUGACCCACCUUGUGGAAAGUGCAGAUACUUUUAAUGUUCAAGUUGCUAUUUCUUCUUGAAGCUAAAUUGAUCAUUGCCUCCAAACAGCAUUUCCUCUUUUGUGGCAUAAUUAGCACAAAUUCCAGGUAACUAAAUUUUUAUAACCCUUGAAUAGUGCAGGGGAAGUGACCUCUGCAUAAAAACUUUCUGUGAAAUCAGCCCAUUACUGGAAGAAAUAUGUUAAGAAUAGGUUUAGCUUUGAAGAUUUAGAAUUCAAAUUAAAUUUUUUUUUACACUCAACUCCACUUAAACACAUAAUCUCAUGAAGAAAUAAUGAGGUGUUUCUCAAACAACUUCAGAGUUCAAAUUUUAAAACUAUGUCUGUUAUAGUCUAUAGUGUUCAUUCUACUUCCCCAAGUUUUGAUGAGUUUGAGAAUAUUAUGAACCUUUGUUAAUUCUAGCUUAUUAGAAGGAAGCUGCUCAGAAUCCCAUAAACAUCUGUCUUACUCUAGGGCCAAUAAGAGAUCACAUAGAGCAUGUUGGGGGUGUAAAAGGGAAAAAUGUGUGAACAUAGGGGCAAAUUUCUAGAGGCCUUUUGACAAGACCCAUUUGCCCACAAUCAUCUGAGGCCUAUUGAUAAUACCUUAGAUAUAUUCUUGUUGAAAUAAUUGGACUGUGAAAAAUUAAUAAUAAAUGUCUGGCAAGUAA